AUGGAUAUCUAUGUUUACUUCAACCCUAUUUCUCGCCUCAUUCUCCACUUGCUGCUCCUGUUGUUUUUGGCAUCGUCAUGCCUGAACACGAGCAGCAUUGUGAAAUCAUGCAUGAAGGAAGAGAGACAAGCGCUUCUCAGCUUCAAACAAGAUCUCACUGAUCCGUCUGGUAGGCUUUCUUCCUGGGUGGGUCAUCAAUGUUGUCGAUGGAGAGGCAUUUCAUGCAACAACCGCACUGGUCAUGUUGCAAUCAUUGACCUCCGAAAUCCAUAUCCAUGCAUUGAGUAUAUCGAUCUGUGGACCUCCGCAUGGUACUGGAACAGCACUAAAUUUGAAGAAUCUUGUUGUUUGGGGGGUAAGUUGAAUCAUUCUUUGCUUGACUUGAAACAUUUGAGUUACUUAGACUUGAGCAACAAUUACUUCAAAGGGAUUCACAUUCCCAACUUCAUUGGCCAGCUUACAAGUUUGAGGUAUCUCAAUCUCUCGCACAAUUCAUUUUGGGGAGAGGUUCCCCCAUCUCUUGGUAACCUCUCAAACCUGAACUAUCUUGACCUCAGUUCUAUUUAUCCUUCUUCCAAAAACUCGAAUUGGCUUUCUCAUCUCUCUUCCCUAAAGUACCUCAAUCUUAGAGGUGUGGACCUUAGCAGCACAGGAGUAAGUUGGCUACAUGAUGUCAACAUGAUUCCUUCACUCUUGGAGUUGCAUUUGUCUUCUUGCCAAAUUAGUGGAAACCAGCUUCCACUCUCGCUGCCCACAAUUAACUUCACAUCACUUUUGGUCCUCGAUAUGUCAUUUAACGAUAUUAAUUCUUCGUUUCCUAAAUGGAUGUUUAAUCUUACUAGUCUUACAAAACUUGAUCUUGGGGAUAAUCCUUUCAUUCGCCCCUCUUCCAAAAACUUGAAUUGGCUUUCUCAUCUCUCUUCCCUAAACUACCUCAAUCUUAGAGGUGUGGACCUUAGCAGCAUAGGAGUAAGUUGGCUACAUGAUGUCAACAUGCUUCCUUCACUCUUGGAGUUGCAUUUGUCUUCUUGCCAAAUUAGUGGAAACCAGCUUCCACUCUCGCUGCCCACAAUUAACUUCACAUCACUUUUGGUCCUUGAUAUGUCAUUUAACGAUAUUAAUUCUUCGUUUCCUAAAUGGAUGUUUAAUCUUACUAGUCUUACAAAACUUGAUCUUGGGGGUAAUCCUUUCAUUCGCCCCUCUCUUGAUGAAUUUGUAAGACUAAAAUCUCUAGAACACCUUGACUUAUCGAGUAUUGGACUCAAAGGUCAAUUAUUUCCCAAAUUCUUUGGAAAUUUGUGCAAGCUAAAGUCAUUAGAUCUUCCAGCCAACGACUUUGAUGGGGGGAUUGAACAGUUUUUGAGUGGUUUUUCAAAUUGUUCAUUUAAUAGAAUGGAGUCACUAGAUUUAUCUAGCUGUGGGCUGGUAGGCAAAUUCCCUAGUUCGCUGCGAAUGUUGAAAAGCCUGCAAUAUCUCUCACUCAGUGACAAUUCCUUGAAUGGGUCCAUACCCGAAAGUUUGGGAAAACUCACUCAGCUGGUUAGCCUUAAUCUGUUUGAUAAUUUAUGGGAAGGCAGCUUAACGGAAGCCCAUCUCAUAAAUCUCACAAGAUUAAAGUCUUUUAGUGUAAGCACUGAUCGACUUGUGCCCAUCAUUUUCAAUUUGACUGAUUAUGAAUGGGUUCCUCCUUUCAAGCUCCGUGAUAUUUACAUGGACAAUUGCCGAGUAGGUGCUGGCUUCCCUCUAUGGCUUCAAUCUCAAACUGAGCUCGUUCAUGUCUUACUUACGAAUGCUGGAAUCUCGGGUCCAAUACCAGAGGAAUGGCUCUUUAAGAUAUCUUCCCAAAUCAAAUUUUUGGAUUUAUCUUACAAUCAAAUAAGUGGAAAGCUUCCGUUCCGAUUCAACUCUUUUCCGAUUCUGCAUACCAUAGAUUUGAGCCAUAAUCAAUUUGAUGACACUAUUCCAUCAUCUAUUUGUAGCAUUCAAUCUCUGUAUUACCUUGCUCUGAACAACAACCAGUUAUCCGGAGAAUUCCCUAAAGAAUGGAGUUUGUGGAGCGGCAUAUACACUCUGGAUGUCUCAAACAACAAUAUGUCUGGUAAUAUUCCAAGCUUAAUGGGCAUUCCAAGUUCUCUUUCAAUACUGAAGAUAGACAACAAUCAUUUUAGUGGAGAAAUUCCUUCUGCCUUGCAAAAUUGCUCUGGUUUGGAGAGACUUUAUCUUGGAGGCAACAAAUUUACUGGAAGCAUACCUUCUUGGAUAGGAUCAAAUUCAAAUGUAUCCGGAUUCAUAGUGCUGCAAUUGCAAUCGAACUCUUUAAGUGGACAUAUUCCUCAUCAUUUGUGCAGUCUUCCUUUCCUUCAGAUCCUAGAUCUUAGUCACAACAGAUUUUCAGGGACUAUUCCCAAGUGUUUGAAUAAGUUGACUUCCUUAGUCUAUCGUAAUUAUAGUGGCUGGAGCGGCGGUAGUGAGUCUGAGGUGACAACUGUGACUAUAAAAGGAAGAGCAAGUGAAUACUUCUUAUCCAAUGCAGAACUUCUAACCAUUAUUGAUUUUUCAAGUAAUGAUUUAGAAGGUGAAAUUCCUGAAGAAAUCAGCAGUCUUGUUGGAUUAGGCACAUUAAACCUGUCCAUAAAUCGAUUAAGUGGAAAUAUCCCCUCAAAAAUUGGAAACUUGAAGUUGCUCGAAACACUUGACCUCUCUCAGAACCAACUUUCAGGACAGAUACCAAAUAGUCUCGCUUCUCUGACCUUCUUAUCUCACUUGAACUUGUCACGCAACAACUUGACCGGAAGAAUUCCUUCAGGCAACCAACUUCAGACGCUCGAUGAUUCAUCUAUUUAUGAGGGCAAUCCUUCACUCUGUGGAUUUCCUCUUUCAAAAUGCCCAGAAGACAGAGACAAGAUGCAUGAGCCUCAUGCAGAAGACAAUAAUGAUCAUGAAGCAGAUGAUGAAAAGCUUGGUUUAUAUACCAGCGUAGUGCUUGGCUUUAUCAUAGGCUUUUGGGGUGUUUGUGGCACAUUGAUAUUGAAGAAGUCAUGGAGGUAUGCUUAUUUUCAAUUUUUUGACCACAUCAGAGAGAAAGUAGAACUGCUGCACUAG